AUCUAGGCAUGCAAGUUUCUGGGGAAUGUGUAUGGAUGGACUGGUCUGAGGGGGGACUGUGAAGCUUGGAUCUGGGUUGGCAUGUUUGUUGGGGAAGGGUCUUGGAAGUUUUAGGGGAAAAACUUUGGGGAGGCAUCUGGCCAGGGAUGUGUAGAGAGGGUGAUUAACAGGGCAUGACUGAGAGGGGAGUGGGUAUUGCUCCAAAUACUUUGUGAGAUCUUAUCCUGAGCAGUAGCAGGGGUCUGUACUCACAUAUUGGAGUCUUCAGGGCCAACAACUGAUUUGAAUAAGAUUUCAGCUAAUAUGGUUCAAGCAAUUAAGUGGAAACGAUUUCAGUUGGAAACAUAAAGUCUUGGAAGAGGCCGACGGAGCUUCAGUUGUGUUGAAAAUGCUGGGAGACAGAGUGCAGUCAGCUACAAAAGAAAAUCUUUACAAAGACCCCACAUUUCCAGCAAGCGACACCUCCCUUUUUUUUAACUAUUCUACCCCACUCUCACAAUUCAGAGGGGAGAUUUCAUGGCUGAGACCUCAGGAAAUUUGUUCUGCUCCUCGAUUGUUUUCAGACGAUCCACAGGAGGUGCAAGUGAAGCAAGGGAUUUUGGGAGAUUGUUGGUUCCUGUGUGCCUGUGUUGCUUUGCAGAAGAGUAAAUACCUGCUAACUAAGGUAAUCCCUCCAGGUCAGCCCAGCUGGACAGAUGAGACGUACACAGGCUGUUUCACUUUUCAAGUCUGGCAAUUUGGACAUUGGGUGGAGGUAACCAUUGAUGAUCGCCUGCCUUGCCUUGGGGGUAAACUCUGCUUCUCCCAGUGUCAGACAGAAGAUGUGUUUUGGCUUCCCUUACUGGAAAAGGUCUAUGCCAAGGUGCAUGGGUCUUAUGAGCAAUUAUGGGCAGGGCAAGUGGCAGAUGCUUUAGUUGACUUGACUGGAGGUCUAGCUGAGAGAUGGACCCUAAAAGACCCUGGAAGAAGCAUGGAAAGAGAGAGGACUGGUAGAGUUUUGGAGAAGAUGGUAUUUAGGAGACUGAUGAACCUGAAGGAACGAUGUGUGAUAAGUUGCUCAGUCCUCAGCUCCGGGCAAGGUGCCAGUGAACUGGGAGAAUUUCAUGCCUUUAUUGUCUCAGAUAUGCUUCAUCUCUCCAGAGUCUUGGGCAAGGAAAUAAUCUUGCUACGGAUACGAAACCCUUGGGGGAGGCGGUGUUGGAAAGGGCACUGGAGGGAAGGUGGUCAAGGGUGGAGCCAAUUGGAUCCAGUAGUUGCUUCAGAAUUGCUUUCCCAGAUCCAGGAAGGAGAAUUCUGGGUUGAGGAGGAAGAGUUUUUCAAGGAGUUUGAUGAGAUUACCAUUGGGUUUCCAGUCACUGAAGAUGGAGAGCUUCAGAGCCUCUAUACAGAGAAAGUGCUGAGUCAUACUCAGAAUCUCUGUGGCUCUUGGGUGAAAGGCCAGUCUGCAGGUGGUUGCCGUAACAACAACAGCUUCCCUAUUAACCCCAAGUUCUGGCUGAGGAUAUGUGAGCAGAGUGAGGUGUGCAUUGCUCUUCUGCAGAAACCCAGGAAGUACUGUGCCGAUUGGGCUGGAAGAACUCGGAAUCUGACUCGCUUAGCAGAGGAAGGUUCAUCUCUGACUGAAGGCAUUCAAGGGAAGAAUUACCAGGCUGUGGGACUGCAUAUCUGGAAGGUGGAGAAGAGGCGGUUUAACCUACCAAAGACCCUCUCUGCUCCUCCGGUUGCCAGUACCAUUUGUCAUUCUUAUGACAGAGAAGUACAUCUGCGCUGUGACCUUGCCGCUGGUUAUUACCUUAUUGUCCCUAGCAUCUUUCUGAAGGAUGCAGAGAGCGACUUUCUGCUUCGUGUAUUCUCAACGGGAAGAAUCUGCCUCAGUGAGAUAAAACCACCACCCACUGAUGCUGCCCUCUGUGAAGAGCUCCCACCAGGUGAAUGGGAGACUGUGCAGCUACAGGGAUGCUGGAAAAACGGCCAAAGUGCUGGAGGUAGCAGGAACUUCCACUCCUUCCAUACCAAUCCCUGCUUUCCCCUCUCCGUCCCUGCAGGAACAGAAGAGCGCAGCGUGAAAGUCACCCUCCGCCAGCACUGUCAAGAUAGCAAGUGUCGUCCAAUAGGGUUUCAUAUCUUCCAGGUGCCUAACAGCAGUUGGAAACCACACACUUGUUCUUUUCUGCACUUGGAGCCACUGGUUAGCUGUGUACCUCAUUGCUACUCACAGGAAGUGAGCCAACUGUGCAGACUCUCUGCAGGGAAUUAUGUAAUUGUACCUUCAACGUACUUGCCUAAUACUGAAGGCAAUUUCACAGUGGUCAUAACAACCAAAAUAGACAGGAAAUGCAUUCAGAGCCAGGAGACCCUUGGACAAAUAUUGCAAGAAAUGUGGUUCUUGCCUGUCUCUAGGGCAAACGUUGACAGGCUGUUGUUACUGAGGGAUGGGCCUAUCUAGAGAAAUGAUUCUUAGGGUCUCCUUUACAGCUGUGAUGAAAAGGUAAUUUGGAAUUCUUGCAUCAACAUCAUAACAGUAGAGAGACUAGAAAAGCCUGACCUCUGGCUAUUUUCAGUUUGAAAUGAAGUAACCAGAAAAUACCCUGAGCCCAGUGGUUUUCCAUUCAGACUGACUUCCAGCCUGGUGACGUCCUCUCUGAAAAGAUACCACCUUGACCACAUGCAUCCUGAUGAGCAUUCGUCCCCUCCAUAUGUUUUACUACCAGCGACGUACAACUAGACUUAAUGCUAUACCUCAGUUCUUAAAAAAUAUGGACAAAGGAUAUGUGCACAUAUUUUAACUCAAGCUGAAGUUUUAAAAUUAAAGCAGAAAAAAAAAUGUGACCUAUGCGUACAUAAUGAAAGAACAUUUGCUGAAGAAUAUCCAAGUUUACAAAACAACCUCAGGAGACCAGGGGAGGAUAGGAACUGUGUAGGAGAAAGAAACGGGAGUCCCUUUUUCAGGAAGGAAAGACUAGGAUCCAACAAAGAACACUGGAACAGGGAUAGACCAGAUCUGUAUCACUGCCAGUCUUAUUACUGAGUACUUUAUCAUGGGCCAUGCUACUAGGAAUAUUUGUCAUGAAACUAAGUUUGGAAGGGAUGAGUUUAGGUGAGUAUGUCUUACACCAUGUGAACACCUGGAAGGGAAGGAAGAAAUGACUUUUGCAAAGCUGUUGGUUUGAAACGCCAUGUUACUGGUAACCCGAAUGUUGUUUUCUUAAUUCCUGUUAAAAUAUUUCUUACUCAAGUGUGGUUUUUUUAGAUAUUGUAUUUUCUUUAAUAAAUGUACAGUGAUGAUAAAGAGUUUAA